AUCUCAUCCUGCAGCUGCCUCAUCUUGUGAAGUGCACCCGCUGUGUUGGGCUCCAAGGGCAUCCCGCGCGAUCCACGUAGCUUCAACAGAUAGCUUUAAGAGCUUAUCAUCUCAAGUCAUGGUGAAGGGAAACUUCUCCGUUGAUCCCUCCUUGGAGGCCAAGAUGCACCAGUACCAGAUUGUGGGCCGAGCUGCACCCACCAACAAGAACCCGACCCCGAAGAUCUAUCGCAUGAGGAUCUUUGCUCGCAACGUGGUCCUGGCCAAGUCUCGCUUUUGGUACUUCAUGAAGAGGUUGAACAAGGCAAAGAAGAGCGGCGGUGAGUUGUUGUCCGUGAACGAACUCUUUGACACCUCCCCAACCAAGGUGAAGAACUACGGCAUUUGGCUCCGCUAUGACAGCCGAACCAACACCCACAACAUGUACAAGGAGUUCCGCAACGUGAACAUCAACGGUGCUGUGGGCCAGCUGUACCAGGAGAUGGCCGGCCGCCACCGUGCGGACCCGGGCUCCAUCCAGAUUAUCCACGCCACCACCGUGCCGGAUGAGAAGUGCCGACGUGAGCACGUCCUGGAGAUGCACGACAAGGGCCUGAAGUUCCCAAUUGUCAGGAAGAUCCCCAACACCAUCAAGAAGCUGCGCACCACCUUCAAGGCCAAGCGCCCCAACACCUUCGUUCGAUGAUCGCAGAAGGCGGUUCGAUGCGGUUCGUGCAAAGCGGGA